GUGAAAUAUGUUUAACUGCUUGGUAUAAAAAAAAAAACUUUUUUAUUCUCUCGACUUGCUUUAACUUUUGAACUAAAAAUAAAGUCAUCGAAUGGGCUAUCAUAUUUUUGUACACAUUGAUCGAUUGUCAUUGUUGAUUUUUUGAGUCUGACCGAGUAUCAAGCAAUAUCAUUGACUGUUACUAGUUACACUUUACUCAGACGACAUGACAUGACAUAGUUGAGUUACUGUUACUUUACACUGAUUCAACGAGAUUGUCGAGAUGCAAGACAACAUGACAUAAUAGAUGUCACUACUAGUAACUAGUAAGUAAACAAAUCAUAUUUGGUAGUGAUAGUAAUAAUUACCAAGUUAAGUAUUGGGCAUACUGAGCCCUACGCCUACUAAAACCUUAAUAAUGAUAGAAUAGUUACAGUUUAAAGAAUAAUACUAAUAUUAAAUUGAAAUUAAUAAAAUAAAAAAGGUAAAUACAGGGAAUGACUAAGACUAAGAAGUUUCCAAUUUAAAAAAAAAAAAAAAAUCUACAAUUACUAAGGCGAGGCUUAGGGCUAGGCAAGUUAGAGGUAAGAUUAAAAUCUUAAAUAGGCAUCUUAUUAAAUGCCUAUAUUUAGAUUAAGGGGUAAAAGUUUUUUAAAAAAAGAAAAAAAAAGUUGAUUACUAGGAAUUAUGGUGGGUAGGGUAGCUGGAUAGGCCUAUGCCUAUAUUAUACUAUAUAGGCCAUAGUAUGGAUUAUAUAGUUAUUCAUUACAUUAUUACAUUUUAAGUUGCAAUAACUAAAACUUUUCAUGAUUUACAAGGCACAACCAGCCCAACCAUUAAUCAACAGAAGAUUUCAGUCUAAGUUGGUAAGCCACAAAUUAAUAUUUAAUUAAAUAGAAUAAAAGUAAAAGCGAAAAACUUAAGUCUAACACUAAUAAAAUAUGGAACUAAUAAUUUGUAAACUUCAUUUUUUUUAAAAACAUUUAACUCUGACACUAGUCAAAAUAAGUCAUGGAUAUAGUGCUGGUACUGACAGAUUGGGUUUAGUGCUGGUAGAUGCUAUUAAAUAAUACUAGAUUCAAUUUUUUUUUAUUUUUUUUUUUAUUUUUUUUUAUAACAUAGAUGUAUAAUUAUUAUAAUGUUGGCCUAUAAGUUUAUCUAAUUUUCACAUAAAAAGCUUGACUAUUCCUUGUGAUUGACUUUUUACCAAAUAUGAAGUAUUGACAAACAGAUAUAAACAAAUCUUGGUCUGUAGCCUAUUAAUAGUAGUAUUAAUACUAUUAAUUCAAUUGAAUUUAAAAGAUUAAUGUCAGUUUAAUUUAAUAAGCAUUUUAUAGUUAUAAACUUACUAGUUAAAAAGUAUUAGUUAUUGUUCAAUAAAUCUUUUAAAUUAGCCUACAGAAUAAAAUAUUUUUCAGACAGAAUAAAAUAUUUUUCAGGCAAAAUAAUUGAAAUGAAGAAAUCCAGUAACAGUAAAGCUAAACCUACGACUAGUAAGGCUGGCUUUGAGUCUGAGGCCCCCAAAUCAGUUGUUGGAGGAAAUUCAGCAUCGGAUGCUCCAUUCUUCUUGUUCUACUCAAAAGAAUCGCCUUUUAGUCAGCAUCACCCUUCUCAGUUUACAAUAGAUGGAGUAGUGUUCAACUGUGCAGAACAGUACAUGAUGUAUUCAAAAGCAGGUAGGUUAACCAGUGCAGAACAGUAUGUGAUGUUUCAAAAGAAAUUAGACUAACCAUUAGCCUACAUUUACUAUUAUUUGAUAUUUUAUUUGAUUUUAUUCACGAUUAUGAACAUAAAUAUUUUUAGAUGCUCAAAAAUAUUACAAAGGAACAGUAGGCCUAUCAGUCAAUGUUACAUGAGCACUGUUAUCUCUGGUGAAUUUUCAAAUUAUAAGAGUGAUGGACCGCCAUAAAUCUUUCAAGUAGAUGAAUUGGACACCAACAAUUUGUCUAAAUAAAACAAUAUAAGUUCAGCUUUAAUAAUGAUCAUACAGAAUAUAAAUGUAGACGUUUCGGCAAAUAACUUCAUCAGUAGAAAAAAAAAAAACACUCAUACUCAUAUAAGUAUAAAAUUAAAUUAAAUAAUAUAUAUACACAUAUAUUAUAUAUACAUGUAUCCUACCUAACUAAAAAGGAUUUAAAAGAAUAAGAGUGGGCGCAAGAUUUUGUCAAGGACUUGCACCCAUUCUUAUUCUUAAUUUUUAAAUCAUGAAGUCAUCCAGCUUUGGAAUUUUCUACUCUUUUUAAUAAACUGAUUUUUAAAUAAUAAAAUCUAAUAAACAUAAACCUGCCACAAGGACUGAUCUCAUGCCCUAACUGACAUACAAGGCUAUGCAAAAACUAAGGAAGUAGAUUAAAAAUUUACGAGAUCCUUUAUAUUAAGAUUUGAAUUAGCCAGUUUAGUUCCAUGACUCUUGGAUGCAUCAUCAACGUCAAUAAUUUUACAAGUCUAAAUAAUGUUUUCCUGUGUUUUUGAUAAAAGAAAUUUAUUUUUAUUUAUUUUUUUUUGUGGCGUUAAAAAAAAUUCACAAUUUUUUUUUAUUUUAUUAUUUAAAUACAAUAUUUCGCGUUUUUCAGUUGUUACAUUACUCACAUCUCAUAUUUCAUAUUAUGGUGAAAAUGUGUGAUCUGUUUGCAGAAUAAAACCUUUAGUUAUAAUAAUAAUAAUAAUAAUAAUAAAGUUCAUUUCAAAAACACGCUUCAUCCCCAAAGGCUCGAAGCGCGGUACAAAGUCAACAAAAAGAAAAUCUAUAGUUUACCACAUUUAAAACAAACGCAACACGACAAAAACUAAGUACAAGCAUACAAUGGCAAAGUCUUUCUAGCCAUUUCAACCAUAAGCAACACAGCCAUUAUGCAUUAAUUGGAAAAUAAUGUUGACAAUCAUCCCAGAAGGUGUUUGCGAAAUAGAUGUGUCUUUAAAUCGGUUUUAAAGGACUCAAGUGUCUGGUUGUUUCUGAGAUCGACAGGAAGGGCAUUCCAAAUUAGUGGACCAGCAAAUGCGAAAGUGCGCUUUCCGUAAGUCUCAAGGCAAACACGUGGUGUCGAGAGUUUGCCACUAUCGGAUGAGCGGAGCUCUCUAGUGGGUACAUAAGGCGUCAGCAGCUCUUUCAGAUAGGACGGCGCCAGGUCAUGUAAGCAGCUGUAGCACAAAGUUGCGAUUUUGUACUCCAUGCGAGCACGCACUGGCAGCCAGUGCAGCUCUCUCAGAAGUGUUUUUGCAUGGUCAAACUUGCGUUUGCGGAGAACAAUGCGAGCCGCAUUAUUCUGCGCUAUUUGAAUUUUAUCCAGGAGCGUAGCUGGAAGACCCACCAUAAGAGCAUUGCAAUAGUCCAUGCGUGAUAGCACAAAUGCAGACAUCAGCCUCUUUGUUGCAUCAAUUGUUAGGAAGGGCCUGAUGACUUUCAAAAGUUAGUCUUCCAUCUAGGUAGACACCCAGGUACCGCACUGUUUGAGCUAACUCAAUACGCACACCUGAGAGAGUAAUGGAUGUAGUGUUAUUUGCAGAUUUUUGCUUCUGAGCGGUUGGGAUGGGGAGCAGCUCAGUCUUAUCAUCAUUUAAUGUUCAAUCCUUUAUUUUAUCUCUGAUCACGCUUCUGUGCUUUACUUGAAGUAAAUAAAGGAGACUUUAUAUUUUUUAGAGCUCCAAAAUAAUUUGAACAAUGCUUUAGUGUGAUCCAGCAUUGUAAGAUGAUACUAGUCAAUAUCCGGGAAUGGCAUAGCUGCCUUCAAUUUUUUAUUUUUUUUUUAUGCUACUGCUUCUGCUCGUUCAAUGAGGAUAGCACAUUUGAGAAAAAUUAAUGAGACUUACACAAUUGAGGAAAUUCAUGAGAAUUACCCAAUUUAGAAAAUUAAUAAAAUUAAACUCUUUGUAUCUUUUCAGUCAUUUUUGAGGAUGAUGAAAUGAAAUCAAAGAUCCUGGCAUCUACUAAUCCACAGGAACAGAAACGUUUUGGUAGAAAGGUCAGCAAUUUUGUCAAAGAAGUUUGGGAUUCUGAAUGUGAGAAUGUGGUGAAAAGGGCAUCCCUAGCAAAGGUAAGAAGCUGCCAGCGUCAUCCAUGCUCACUUUAAAAGUUUAUUCAUGGAAGUUGGUUUCACUGAUGAAAAUUUUUAGCGCUGAGAAUAUCAUUAGCGCAAUUGUUGAAUGUGCAGCUCAAGAUACUUGUCCAGUUUUUGUGUGAUGACACCUGGAUUUUAAUAUCCUUACAUCUUUUUGUUAAAAUUAACAAUGCUAAUGCUACAUAAGGACAUCCAUUCUAUCUUUCAGUUUGAACAAAAUCAAAAUCUGAGAGAAGAACUUUUUAAAACUUUUCCCAAGACAUUAGUAGAGGCCAGUCCAAGGGACCGGAUAUGGGGCAUUGGACUCGGGGCAUCACAUCCUAAAGCACAGGACAAAAAGGCAUGGAGAGGAAAAAACAAAUUGGGGUACAUCCUUACUCAAGUGAGAGAUGAACUGAUGAAAAAAUGUUUGUUUGAGUAAUGGUGGGGCUGUGGUACGGGGUCAUGUGGGGCAAGGAGGUUGUGGGUCGGGAGGUUGGGGGCAGGGAGGUUGUGGGACAGGGUGUUUUUUCGAGAGGGUGGUUGUGGGCCAGGCUGUUUGUACUGUUAAAAUUAAAUGACACAGCGAUAGUUCUGAAAUGAUCGUCUUAUAACAUCAAAUUCCUGAAAUAAAAACUCUAACCUUUUUAUCACUAUCUAUUAUAUAAACAUGUGAUUUUGUCAAUGCAAUAAUAAUGCAAUUUGUCUUUCACGAUUUUUCCGGUUAUUUGUCCGGGGCGCAAAUGUUUUAUUUAAAUUAUUUCAAGAAGAUGUUGCAUUCAUCUCUUUGUUUCAUCUAUUGUGAUAUCAUUCAUAGAAAACUGUUAAUGUUUUGCUUUUCCUUCAUCUCAAAAUUAUAUUGUUCUGUUUCCCCACAAUAAUAAUGUUAUGGUUCACCACAAUAAUAAUGUUCUGAUUCACCACAAUAAUAAUGUUCUGAUUCACCACAAUAAUAAUGUUCUGUUUCCCCACAAUAAUAAUGUUCUGUUUCCCCACAAUAAUAAUGUUCUGUUUCCCCGCAAUAAUAAUGUUCUGUUUCCCCACAAUAAUAAUGUUCUGUUUCCCCACAAUAAUAAUGUUAUGGUUCACCACAAUAAUAAUGUUAUGGCUCACCACAAUAAUAAUUUUCUAGUUCACCACAAUGAUAAUGUUCUGUUUCCUCAAAAUAAUAAUGUUCUGGUUCCCCACAAUAAAAUUGUUUUGGUUCACCACAAUAAUAAUGUUAUGGUUCCCCAACAAUAAUAAUGUUCUGGCCACCCACAAUAAAAUUGUUUUGGUACCUCACAAAAAUUUUUUUUAGGUUCAUCCCAUUUAAAUGUUUUGGUUGUAUUGGGAUGUUAUUUUAAAAUUAAGAAUUUUUUUUAUAAAACUUAUUUUGGUUAUAUUUAUUAGAUAAAUGUGGCAUUAUAAUGUACAAUGAUUGUGAAAACCCAUUUUAAUGUACAAUGAUUGUGAAAACACAUUUAAUGUGCAGUGAUUGUGAGAACAAAUUUCAAUUUAAAUGUUCAAUAAUUUUUGGAAUACAUUUAAAUGUACAAUGAUUGUGAGAACACAAUGUAAUGUACAAUGAUUGAUUGCAAGAACACUUUUCAAUUUAAAUGAACACUGAUUGGGAGAACACAUUUGAAAAUAUAAAUUCCGGUUAUUUUAUUUUUUGUGAAAAUCAUUCUUUAGUUGUUUGCUUAAAUUAAUGAUCGAGUAACAUUUGAACAUAGAAAAAGUGAAAGCAUACAGCAAUUCCAUAAUUUUUGUUUAAUGCAUACUUAAAAGUUUUUCAAAUUGCAUGAAGAUUUUUUUUGCCAUUUGUCGUUGAUUUUUAAAAUGGUUUUUUCUAAUAAUUGAAUCAAAUGUGAUUUUUUUAGAAUUAAACAUCUUAUUUUGAUAAACAACAAAUACUUUCAAAAGUUAGAAUUAGAAAAGUAA